CUCCCCCAAUCCUCUCUGAUCAUUUGCAGAAUUGGACCUUUCCCUCAAUCCUCAUCUUCUCAUUUCCACUCUUUGGACCUUCUUCUACCAAGGUGUUGUAUAUUAAUUGUAGGCUGUACAGUUGGUGGUCUCCCAAGUCUGGUCUCCUUGUGUUUUUUUCCUUUUGGAGGCUGGUGUUUUUUUGUUGUUGAGUUUGGAAGAACAGAAGAAGGCCCAAAAUCAAAGAAAUGGCACCUGUGACUCUGCCUCCUGGUUUCCGAUUCCAUCCCACCGACGAGGAACUUGUCGCCUACUAUCUCAAGAGAAAGAUCAAUGGCCGGAAGAUUGAACUGGAGAUUAUCCCCGAAGUCGACCUCUACAAAUGUGAACCUUGGGAUUUACCAGAGAAGUCGUUCUUACCAAGCAAAGAUCUUGAGUGGUAUUUCUUUAGCCCUCGAGAUAGAAAGUACCCCAACGGAUCGAGGACGAAUCGAGCAACUCAAGCUGGGUACUGGAAGGCCACCGGAAAAGACAGAAAGGUGAACUCCCAGAUGCGCGCUGUGGGAAUGAAGAAGACCCUGGUCUAUUAUAGAGGACGAGCACCUCAUGGUGCUCGAACGGAUUGGGUCAUGCAUGAGUACAGGCUUGACGAGAGAGAAUGUGAAACUGCCUCUGGACUGCAGGAUGCCUACGCUCUUUGUCGUGUGUUUAAGAAGACUGCACCAGGCCCUAAGUUCGAAGAACAGUACCGAGCUCCUUUCUAUAACCAAUAUCAAAUGAUGUGUAAUGAUCAAUCUUCUACACUAGAACAAUCUUCUGAGGGAAGAAUAGAUGACCUGGAGAGCUCUGGUUUUCCAUUCCCAUCAGAAACAGGCUCACCAGACACAAUUCAAGGGUCUUCAUUUGAUAUGAAUGGACAGAGAGAUGGGAGCUGGAUGCAGUUCCUGGCAGAAGAAGCAUUUAGCUCCACACUCCCAGCAUUUCCAAACAAUGGAAGCAUUCCCUACCUUCCAUCAAAGGUUGACAUUGCACUAGAGUGUGCGAGGUUGCAGCAUCGGUUCACAUUGCCUCCAUUGGAGGUGGAAGACUUUCCUCAGGUUGACUUCACAGAUUCUAAAUUUCCACUGACGGGUUCCUUCCAGAACAACACAAAUGGCUCCGAUAUAUUGCAGGAGAUCCUUUCGGUUGCUAGUGCCUCUCAGGAACUCGUAAAUGACUCUAAUUUUCAGGUCCCCUGGCCAGGAAACUAUGCUAGUGUGGAUGAAUUUGCUUCUAUAGCAGAAAUAGAGAGAGCUGGAGGGACACAAUUUCGUCAAGUUGAUGCAGUUGGUUCCUCUAGAUCUGUAGACAAAUCAUGGGGAUUAGAACCAGCAAGGUUUAUAGACAUGGACAACUUGGAGGAUGAAUUCAAGCCUGGGAGGAUAGUUGAGAAUUUGAGAGGAGUUGGAAUGUCCAACAAGGAUCUAGAGAAGCAGAGCAUGUUGAAUCAACACAGGACUGUCCCCAUAGAAGAUAUUACAAAUUUUCAACAAAGAGGUGCUCAAGAAGAAAUAAAGGGAGAUAUCAAUGAGAACAACAACUUCGAUGACUUCAACGACACUGAGACAAACGGUAUAUCUCUUGGAUUCAUCAACAAUGAUCCAAACGUAAUCUUCUCACAAGAUGGAGACAUGGAAGACUUUUCUGAUACCCCAACCUUUGAAGUCUAUGAGAAAGUUGAAGUGAAUCAUGGAAUGUUUGUCUCAAAUCGUCAAGUCGCCGAUACAUUCUUUCACAAAAUUGAGCCCUCGAAGACCAUUGAGGUUCACAUUAAUCCGGUAAUGACACAUAACUUCUACAUAGAAAGAGAGAAUAUUGCAGUCAGACAUCAUAGUGGAAGUUCCUUUUUUAGAAAAUUCAAGGCAUUUGUGACUGACAAGUUUAAGGGGAUCAAGAACUCAGUAAAGCCAUCAAGAAUAUCAUGGCUAAUGAGUGAAACCAUGAACGCAGUUGUCCAUAUGACUGCAUUUCUGCUGACAUCGUGCAUUUAUCUUGGAGAACAUUCACAGAAUGUGAAUUUGCAGGAUCAGUUCUCUAGUUCUGACAAGGCAAUUAUGGAGGAAAGAGAGGGUGGUUGCUCCACUCCAGUCAGGAAGUUGAAGAAACUAGCAAGAGUUGAAUGGAGUGAUAAGAAGAAUAGCAUAUGGUUUGCCAACUUUAGAGAAGGAAUUAUCUCCAAUGUGUUUCUGGUUAAGAAUUUCCCCUUCCUUACCAUUGUUGUGGCUCUCUAUGCUUUUGGGGUUCACCACAUUAUGACUUAGCCCUUAAAUGUAACUCCAUAUUACAUUUACCAAUUGUACCAUAUCGGAAGGGCAUUUAUUAGAUUUUUUAACAGUGGGAGUCUAAGUAAGCUAAUAAGUUUGUAUUGUUCACUGAAUUAGUUCAUAGGAAGAUUUAACCUUUCAAGUGAAACACUUGGGAGGUCUGAUAGUGUUGGUUGUAUGCUUUAUUUGGAAGAAAUGCAAUUCUUUAAUUUA